GCAGCCUGGACAGAAAACGUGUAUAAAUAACAUUGACAAAAGGAAGAUGUCAUGAUGAGCAUCUCUGCUCAAAACAUGGAUAAAAAUGAAUAAAAUCAAAAAUGAUUUACUUUGUCAGCAUCUAUUAAAGUAUCUUACUGGUCUCGACAUUGAACACCUGUAGCAGCCCUCAGACAACAAACAUUUUCAUAGACUGUAAAAAGUAUAUCUAAGGAGGCAUGACAGGUAACUACAUUACACAAUUCACAAUAGUGCUUAUUUACCAAAGGUAAUGACGAGACAGUAUACUAUGUUGUUGUUGUUGUUAGAAAUCAGUGUUUGUGUAGUUAUUGGUUGUUUUAUUUUUGGAGCCUCUUUGUGUUUCUUCAAACAUCCGGUGGAAGUUUAAGGGCACAACAUUGUUUGUUUGUUUACUUACUAAAACAUCAAAAUGUAAAAAUGUCCUGUAUCAACAUGUCUUUGUCUUCGUGUGUGUGUGUGUGUGUCAGGGCUUGAGGCCGGAGAGGUGGGGCUCGUGCUGACCUACGCCGUGACGCUGAUAGGAAACUUCCAGUGGAGCGUGAGGCAGAGCGCGGAGGUGGAGAACAUGAUGACCUCGGUGGAGCGGGUGGUGGAGCGCACAGAGCUGAAGAGCGAGGCACCCUGGGAGACCCAGAAGCGUCCUCCUGCCGACUGGCCCAGCCGAGGACCGGUGACCUUCAACCGGGUGAACUCAAGAGACAUCAGCGCCACUCUCCAACCGCACGAGAAGGUCGGGAUCGUGGGGAGAACGGGCGCCGGGAAAAGCUCCCUGGUGUCGGCCUUGUUCCGCCUGGCUGAGCCGCAGGGAGAGAUCCACAUAGACGGCGUCCUGACGUCAGAGGUCGACCUUCACGGGUUUUGAAUGUUUUCAACAUGCUUGUUAGAAUUGAGCAAUGUUAUUAUUGAAGUGACUCCGUGUAAUCAGCUGUUUUACUGAGGUGUGACUGUACAAGUGUCUGUAUUUAUUUAUGUGUGGACUCCUACAUGUAUUUCACGGCUGUGAUAGAAAGUUGAUCUAGAAUUGUUGAACUCAGUCAGUGUGUGUGAUCUGAAUCCAUUUUAUCAGGGACUUUUUAGAGCAUGGACUCUUUUUAAUCCACAGGGCCAGACUGGAUGUUCAGGACAACAGUAGACCUGGUCUCACCCAGCGUCUGGUUUCAGCUGGGACAGUGAAGCUGAGACACAUAGUGGACGCUGCAGGUCCAGGACUCUACAACAAAGAGGCAGUAGCUUCUCUACUGGGCCUGAGGUCACAUCGUCACACCAGAGACAUUUUAAACACAUGGACUAAAAGACUGAGUGAAGAAGAAUCAGGAAUGAUACAGGACUAUUGUUCUGGAAUAGACACUCCUGAUGGAACGGACCCUUUUCCUGAACUGGGUCUUAAAAUAGACCACACUGGACUGACUGGACCACUGUUGGUCUAUAAACAUGCUGCACCUGCAGACCUCUACAUGCUCAAUGGGAAAGCUCUGUAUAAAUACUGUGUACAAGCUUUAAACAAGAGAAAGUUGAGUGGUAGAACAGACAAUGUGUGGAGAAGGGAAUUAAAGGUGCAGGAUCGCUGUAAACCGGUGUGGAGGCUGUUUUAUAAACCGCCUUUAAACGAGGUCAGGUGAUCUGCAGUGGAGAAUCCUGCAGGGAGCGCUGGCUGUCAACAGCUUGGUCUAUAAGAUCAACCCCACAGUGUCUUUUAAAUGUCCUUUCUGUCAGGAAACAGAAACUGUUUUUCACUCUUUCCUAAAAUUUAAAAGACUUGAAGUUCUGUUUGAGACUCUGAAAACUUUGUUUUUAAACUGUGGUGAGAGUUUGUGUGAAACUGCUUUUAUUUUUGGUGCUGGCUACAAAAAAGAAAAUGCAAAGAAGUGGCAGCUGUUGAACUUUGUAGUGGGACAGGCUAAACUGUCCAUUUAUAAAAGCAGGAAGAACAAAGUAGAAGGUGUUUCAGGUGGGGAGCUGCUGUCAGUGUUUAAGUCGUUGGUGAAAGCCAGAAUCACAGCAGACUUCAGAUUUUACUUACUCAUGAAUAAUGUUGAUGGGUUUCUGUCUCAGUGGUGUUUCACUGCAGCUCUCUGUUCUAUUGUUGAGGGGAAGCUGAUUUUUAACUCUGUGUUUUUAUGAGAUUUUUAUAAACCAUGUUGGUUGUUUUGUCUGAGGAUUAUGUUCUGUUGAUAUUGUUCUAUUUAUUAGAAAAUAAAUGUGUUUUCUAAAAAUCAAAAAAAAAAAUCUC